GAGAUGUCUAGUGUAUCAGUUCUUGUUGAUGCGUUUUGUUGUGCAGACAUUAUUUUUUCACCGUCUGUCAUCGAUUUCAAGUGGCAUCAGAGAGAUUGUUCCUUUCCAAUUGCAAUUAAUAAUUUUCAGUCAAUUUUCAUUUGACAAUUAUUCUGAAUUAUGAGUAAAUCUAUAUAAACUGACAGGAUGCAACGUGUAUUAAGUUUGCAAGCUGCUCGGGGCUUCGGCGAGUCCAGCGAAUUUGUGACCAAACGAAUGUGCUUUUCGUUUCUAUUUUCUAUUGGAUUUUUGUGUCUUCUCUGUGGAUUUUUGAUUGGAAGAUUUGCGGCCCAGAGAGCUGUCGAUAUCAGGGCAGAGAAGGAACAAAAGUUAGUGGCUGGCAAUGGCCUUGAGAGUGGUGAACACCUGCUGCAGAGGACUAUCGAGAAACUCGAAAACCGAAAGUUCGAUUGGUCUGCAGAUCGAAUAAAUGGUAUGCAAGGGAUGGCACUACAAAACGCUUCAAAACAGUUCCUUGUCCUGAAUUUCUAUUCGAAAUUAUGGAAUAAUGGGAAUUGUUUAACUGCGACAAUUCCUGGAGCGCACGAAAAAGAUAGAUACGUUAUUCUAACGACAGGAGGAGAAGAAAAUAUUAAAAUGGUUCUAGAAAUUGUCAGAGAUUUGCAGGAAUUGAUUGCUGAUAAUGACUGGAAACCACGCAGAACUCUAAUGUUCCUUUUAUAUGAAAACUCAUUGGAUGAAUGCCUUAGACUUUUUCCUGAUUACAAAAAAACGAAAAUUGUGGCUCUGUUGGCUAUCGACGGAAUUCCAAACACCGGAAAUGGCUAUCUCGUAUCUUCUGGGUCAGACGUAGUCCAGACAACUGUUCUCGCGUCAUUCAAGGAUUUUGCUGGACCGAAAACUGAUGAAAUUACAUAUUUUCCUCGUUUGAAGCUCAACAUUCCUCACUCUGUUAUUACCUUCAUGGCCUCUCCAAAUAACACAAGCCUUAAAGGUUCCCAUAUCGAACAACAGAUUACCUCUCAUCGAAAGAGUUUGGUAAAAAUUUUAAUAUCAAGCUUAUGGAAACUCUCUCAAAUGAACAUAUUCCAAUGGAAUCCACGAUUAAUGGAAGACACCAUAAGAACAUUUUUUUUUAAUUUAACAGCACCUCAUCUACGUCCAUAUAUUGAGAAAAUCCAAAAGAAAUUGUCAACUAUUACUGAGCAUGGGAGAGCCCUCAAUGAUAAAAUAGCAAAAAUAUUAGGAAUUAGAUAUCUUGAAGUACGAAUGACAAAUGACUUGCUGAAGGACAUGGAGAGAGCCCUCCUGUGUUUGAAUGACUCUUCUCAAUCAAGAACGGACAUUACAUUAAUUUCUAAUUCACGAAAUGAUCAGGAAAUUAGUCAGAUUCUUGCCGAAAUGCUCCCGUGUCUCGAUGCAGGCAUUCAAAUAUUACAAGACAUGACUUAAUUUACAUAAUAAAACA